AUGGAGUUGAAAGAGGAGAUGCAUAACUUUAUUAGGGUAGCAUUAUGUGCACUUAUUUCACUUGGGUAUUGCUAUUUUGUUGGCAAGAUUGUCCCGAAAGGUGUUUUAAGAUUCCUCUCUAUUCUCCCUGUUGUCCUCGUCUUUCUCUUCAUCCCUCUGACACUAACCUCCGUUCACACGAUCGGAGCUUUUUCCUUCUACAUUUCAUGGCUUGCAAACUUCAAACUCAUUCUUUUCGCCUUUGAAAAAGGCCCCCUUUCAUCACCUUCAACCACACUAUUGCGGUUCUUUGCAGUGGCUUGUUUCCCGGUCGAUGUUACUCAGUCCGAUAAAGGGUUUUCGAAUCCGAACAAAACGUCUUUGUUAACUUAUGGCACGAAGGGAGUAAUUCUUGCCAUUUGCCUUCAGCUUUAUCAUCAUCAUAAAGAGGAUGUGCACCCGUUGAUAGCAUGGUGCGUCUUCGGGUUGAUUGUUUACUUAAUGCUUGAGCUCUUCCUAGUUUUGAGCUCAGCCAUAGUCGGGUUGUUUCUCAAGGUUGAGCUCGACCAACAGUUUGACGAGCCGUAUCUUGCCACAUCCCUGCAAGACUUUUGGGGACGGAGGUGGAACGUGAUGGUCAACCGCAUACUUCAUCCGAGCGUUUACGAACCGAUGCGUAUACUCUCGAUCAGGGUGGUUGGUCGAUUGUGGGCCCCAGUUCCAGCAAUCCUCACCACCUUCUUGGUUUCUGGCAUCAUGCAUGAACUAAUAUUCUAUUACUUUACUAGGGAAUGGCCAACUGGGGAGGUGAUGCUUUUCUUUGCUUUACAUGGGGUUUGUUUGGUUCUCGAGGUGGUGAUUAAGAAAGCUACAAGAUAUAAAUGGAGUUUGCCGAAUCAACUAUCUAGACCACUAGUUUUGGCUUUCGUGCUGGCAACAUCUUAUUGGUUGUUUCUGCCAGAAUUAUCGAGGUGUAAUGUGAUCGAAAGAGCAUUUGAAGAUUACGUGGCUGUUAGUGAGUUAGCGACCGAUGUGGUACGAACUAUGCCAGUAUUUUCCAAGUAG